CUGCAGAGUUUGAUGACGAUUUUGAUGACAAGGAUAUGACUGUGCCCAAGAAGGCUUGAAUCGGCGGAGGACGGCUCGCAUUCUGCAGAUGAGCAGGAUUGGAUUUGGAGUUUGCCGCAAUGGCCUUGGCCGGGGACACCGAGACGCUCGAUGACGGAAACAACGCAUUUGGCUGAGCAACACCGAGCGAUCGAUCGACGGAUCUGGUCCUGGGACUCGCUAAUCGCUCAAAUGACGGUGCGGUCGGGGACCCUUCAGCAACUCAAUUCUCCUGCCCUCCCCAGGCAACCGUCACGAGGAAACCGAGGCAGGAAAUAAUACAUCACGUUCUCAGCACGCAACGAGCGGCCGAUGGAGGGGGUGAGCCGAGCGCCGGAGCGAGCUGACGAACGUGGGACGCUGGUCUGCAAAAUGCGGGUGGAAAAUGGGGGGGGGAGAAGGGAGCCACCUGCAGAAUGCGGGUGAUGACGGUUGCAGGAUGGACGACGACCGACAACGUGCUGCUGCCCAGAGCGGGGACGGUCCUGGUGUGAGCUCGAUGGUGUCGAUGUCGAUGCUGCCGUGCUGGAUGGCCGACGGUUCAGCACAUCGACGCAUCGGCACAUCGGCAUAUGCCCGACACAAGGCCCUCUCCCCUCCCCUGGCAGGACAUGCCGAGGCACAGGCGAUUGCGCUGCUGUCGCCGGCUCGCCCAUCCUGCAGGCCAGCGGACAUGGUCCCUUGCUGGGCGGAAGCCUUCUGGCCCCCGACGGACGGCCAACCGAUCUGGCGGUCCCUGUGGACGGCGGCAGCACACAGGCCCGGGUGCGACCCGGCGUGGCUUGGCUGCAAGGAGCCCUGCCCGAGCUGGCUUCCAGGGCUGCGACCCCAGCGCGGCGACGAUUGGCUGCCGGGCGGCUGCCUCGUUUCGCACGACAAGCUGGGGAGUGCUGUCUUGUGGGUUUCGUCUGGGGAUGGGCGGCUUGUGGGCUUCGUCUGGGGAUUGGCGACGUCGCAAUGGCCUGCCUCGCAAUGCGUCGUAAUGCGCUGGCUGCCAGACGGGUGCGCAAGAGUACUUGGCGAGCGUGCUGUGGAGGCACUCGGCGAUGGCGAUGGCGAUGGCGAUGGCGGAGCAGAGUGCCGCUGUUGGGCCGUCCGUGCUGGCCAGGGAGUCUGA